GCCCGGCGGGAUGGGUGCGAGGUGAAGAGACAGAGGCUGCAAAUCAGCUCCCACUGCCUGUGCUGCCGCACAGACGGACACAGCAGGACCCCCGGACGGAGCCAGGUGAGCGUGGGCAGGCAUGGCCGAGUGCACGGAGCUGGAGUGGGCGGUGCAGGUGCUGGUGACCAACUUCGACAAGUACUCGAGCCGCCGCUGCUGCUGCAAGAAGCCUCCCCGCAUCAGCAAGAAGGAUUUCCGCAAGAUGCUGAGCUGUGAGCUCAACCACAUGCUGACGGACACCGGGAACCGCCGCGCCGCCGACAAACUGAUCUGCGACCUGGACGAGAACAAGGACGGAAGGAUCAGCUUCGAGGAGUACUGGACCCUGAUCGGGGGCAUCGCCAGCCCCAUCGCGCAGAUCAUUCGCCAGCAGGAGCAGAGCAUUAAGCACACCAAGUAGCUGGCUCCAGCCGGACCCUCCCCAGGCUCAGCCCGCCCCGGGCUCGGCCUCUGCUUCUCCGCAGCCUCCUGCUUCUCACCCCUCCCGCUCCCGAGCCGCGGCUCGCCCCGGGGCACGCCGAGCUCCCGCGGCUCCGCUAACUGAGCCGCACCGGGCUGCGAUCGAUCGGGGCGGGAAGACCCCAGGGGUGGGAGGUUUGAGGCCACCACGGCCUCGGGGUGCUCCUCCUUGCCCCACGCCAUGCCACCCCUGCCCUCGUCUGCUUCCCCCAGCCCUGACCUUGCCGGGCUGCCGGGUAAGAAGCAAAGGGCGAUGCUGCCCCUCACCCAGGACACGAAUCCCCUCUGUUCUCAGACCCUGAGGCCGCAGCCCCGCUGGCAGAAACCCAUCACAACCAGGACCUCCUCUACCCUUGGACCCCCUCCUCACAGCCAGGGGUCUUCCCUUGCCCCUGCCCAAGCUGGUGAAGUCUUUGCCCUGCCUCGGGGAGCGGCGGCGCCGGGCAGCACCGUCCGUGGUUAUUUAUUGCAGCAAUAAAGUUU